UUUUUUUUGGUGGGUCAUUUGGAAUAAAUGUGCGGAGAAACCCCGGCACGGAGCUGAACGCUUACAGAUUUAAAAAAAACUGAAAACAAAGGUAACUUAGCGGGGCACAGGCAUUUUGUGGGAGACUCUUCUUAUGUCUUGUUCAAAAACCCUUUGAGUUGAGAAGACAAGACAAAUCCACAUUCUGGUUCCCAUCACGUCGCUAUAUGCUAGCAUCUCUCCAGAAACAACCACAUUUUGACCAGAAUUUCCUUUGAUACCCGAAGGUUCAAGACGAACCUGGUUUUUGCCUCAAUGGAGUAUUUCAUGACCAAAAGGAGAAACCAUAGAGGUAGAAGUUACCUCUGCAUCAGCUGGGAAAUAGCCUAGCUCAGGUCAGCACAGUGCUGCCAGCUCCUCCCUGAUUGGUCCUUACCCCCCGUGCUCCCACUUUCUUAGUUUUCUGUCCCGCAACCUGCUCUUAAGCCACCUGCCAUGUCGUCGGUCCGCUUCACCGUGACGCCCACCAAGGCCGAGGACCUCCCGGGGAUGUCCGACACGUCGCCCGACAUCAGCUCCCGUCCGUCUGCCCAUGUUCGCUUCGGCUCCAGGGAGAGCGUGAAUCGCAGCGACCCAGUGAGCGAGGGGUCCGCAGGUGGGACGACGUUUGGAGGAAUGGGAGGGAACGAAACGCCGGACCGCAGCAGCAUAGACCAAGGGGAUGGGAACUCUAAGAUCUCCAGUGUUUACAUCAACAGUCAUGGGAUGGAUGACGACGAAUUUUUCGACAGGAACUUGGCCUUAUUUGAGGAGGAGAUGGACACUAGGCCGAAGGUGUCUUCUCUGCUCAACCGCCUGGCUAACUACACCAACCUGACGCAGGGAGCAAAGGAACAUGAGGAGGCUGAGAUCAUCGGGGAGAAGAAGAAAGCCAGCAAGUCGCCACAGAUGGGGACGUUCAUGGGCGUUUACCUCCCUUGCCUUCAAAACAUCUUCGGAGUCAUCCUGUUCCUGAGGUUGACUUGGGUGGUGGGAACCGCCGGGGUGCUGCAGGCCCUCUGCAUCGUCUUCAUAUGCUGCUGCUGCACGUUGCUGACUGCGAUUUCAAUGAGCGCGAUCGCCACCAAUGGAGUUGUGCCAGCUGGAGGCUCCUACUUCAUGAUCAGCCGUUCUCUGGGUCCAGAGUUCGGAGGGGCUGUGGGGAUCUGCUUCUACCUGGGCACCACCUUCGCUGGGGCCAUGUACAUCCUGGGAGCCAUCGAGAUCUUACUGAUGUACAUUGUUCCUGAGGCGGAAAUCUUUAAAGGAGGCGGGGCGGCCAUGUUGAACAACAUGCGGGUCUACGGCAGCAUCUGUCUCCUCCUCAUGUCCCUGCUCGUCUUUGUCGGUGUGAAGUAUGUCAACAAGCUGGCCUCCAUCUUCUUGGCCUGUGUCAUCGUCUCCAUCGUUUCCAUCUACAUCGGAGCGUUUGAGUCCGCGUUCAACGAGCGUAAUUUUGACGUGUGCAUGCUGGGGAACAGAACCAUCAGCAGUCACGUCGAGUGUAAUAAAACCGUCCCGGUGGGAAUCAAAGACACAACGUGGAGCUUCGACGGCAACUUCACACUCAGCUAUGAAAACAGCACAGCUGGACCAGUCAUUGUCUCCACCCCUGCGCCAGCUGUGGAGGAGAAAACCACACUUCUUUGGGAAGAAUUUUGCCACAGCACUGAACUCAACGCCACCUGUGACGAAUACUUCACCUCUAAUAACUUCACCAAGAUUAAAGGAAUUCCUGGUCUGGCCAGUGGGAUCAUUUCAGAGAACCUGUGGAGCUCCUACAUCAGCAAAGGCGAGGUUCUGGAGAAAAGCUCACUCAGCUCCUCUCACUCGUCACCUCCAGCAUCACUGCCUCAUCCGUACGUGUUCGCCGACAUCACCACCUCCUUCACCCUGCUGGUGGGCAUCUUCUUCCCUUCGGUCACAGGAAUCAUGGCCGGUUCAAAUCGGUCGGGAGAUUUGAAAGACGCUCAGCGCUCCAUCCCCAUCGGAACCAUCCUUGCUAUCCUCACGACGUCUUUUGUCUACCUGAGCAGCGUUGUGUUGUUUGGCGCCUGCAUCGACGGCGUCGUCCUCAGAGACAAGUUCGGAGAGUCAGUUGAUGGCACUCUGGUUGUUGGCACGCUGGCCUGGCCGACUCCCUGGGUCAUUGUGAUUGGCUCCUUCUUCUCAACAUGCGGCGCAGGCCUUCAGUCGCUGACCGGCGCGCCACGACUCCUGCAGGCCAUCGCCAAAGACAAUAUUAUCCCGUUUCUACGGGUGUUUGGACAUGGGAAAGCUAACGGCGAACCCACCUGGGCUCUGCUCCUGACGGCACUGAUAGCUGAGCUGGGGAUUCUCAUCGCCUCUCUGGACCUGGUCGCUCCCAUCCUCACAAUGUUCUUCCUGAUGUGUUACUUGUUUGUGAACUUGGCCUGCGCUCUGCAGACGCUGCUCAGAACCCCCAACUGGAGGCCCCGCUUCUCCUACUACCACUGGACCUUGUCGUUUCUGGGGAUGAUCAUCUGCCUCGCUCUCAUGUUCAUAUCUUCUUGGUACUACGCAAUCGUUGCCAUGGUGAUCGCUGGCAUGAUCUACAAAUACAUUGAAUAUCAUGGAGCUGAGAAGGAGUGGGGAGACGGGAUCCGCGGUCUGUCACUCAGUGCUGCCCGCUACGCCCUCCUCAGGCUGGAGGAGGGACCACCACACACCAAGAACUGGAGGCCCCAACUGCUGGUGUUGCUAAAACUGGACGAAGACGCCCACGUUAAGUCUCCGCGGCUGCUGACGUUCGCCAGCCAGCUGAAAGCAGGAAAGGGCCUCACCAUCGUCGGCACGGUCGUCCCAGGACACUUCCUGCAAACUUACGGAGAGGCUCUUGCUGCAGAACAGACUUUGAGGCAUCUCAUGGAGAAGGAACGGGUGAAGGGCUUUGUUCAGUGCAUCGUGGCUCAAAAGCCCCGCGAGGGCAUCAGUCACAUGAUCCAGUCAAGCGGCCUGGGAGGAAUGAAGCCCAACACGGUGGUGAUGGGCUGGCCGCACACCUGGAGGCAGAGCGAAGACCCGCAGGCCUGGAAGACCUUCAUCAAUACGGUCCGAGUGACCACGGCGGCCCACCUGGCUCUGCUGGUGCCCAAAAACAUCUCCCUGUUCCCCAGCAAUAGCGAGCCCCCCACCGACGGCUACAUAGACGUGUGGUGGAUCGUCCACGACGGGGGGAUGCUGAUGCUGCUGCCGUUUCUCCUUCGCCAACACAAGGUGUGGCGUAAAUGUGGGAUGCGAAUCUUCACCGUGGCUCAGAUGGAGGACAACUCUAUUCAGAUGAAGAAGGAUCUGGCAACAUUUCUGUAUCACCUUCGUAUUGAAGCUGAGGUGGAAGUAGUGGAGAUGCAUAACAGUGACAUCAGUGCGUACACCUACGAAAGGACAUUGAUGAUGGAGCAGAGGUCUCAGAUGCUCAGACAAAUGAGACUCUCUAAAUCAGACAGAGAAAAAGAAAGGGUGCGCUGGAGUUUUGACGAUGUGUAUCUCUCGCCCAGGUUCAGGAGUACUGAAGGCCACACUUCAAACCCCAUCAAAGAAGGCAGAGACAGACAGGCGCAGUUGGUGAAGGACCGCAACUCCAUGCUGCGCCUGACCAGCAUCGGGUCAGACGACGAGGACGACACAGACGGCGGCGAGCGGGAGCGGCCGGUGAGCAGCAGCUCCGAGCACCACCGUCGCGUCCAGAUGACCUGGACCAAAGAGAAGACGGCCCAGUACAGAGCGGCGCACUCCGGCUGCUCCACGCCCGAAGGCUUCAGAGACAUGCUGAGCAUCAGGCCGGACCACUCCAAUGUCAGAAGGAUGCACACCGCCGUCAAGCUCAACGAAGUCAUCGUGAACAAAUCCCAUGAUGCCCGGCUCGUCCUGCUCAACAUGCCGGGGCCGCCGAAGAACACGGAAGGAGACGAGAACUACAUGGAGUUCCUGGAGGUUUUGACUGAAGGACUGGAGCGCGUUCUGUUAGUCCGAGGAGGCGGAAGUGAAGUCAUCACCAUCUACUCCUGAUUGGACAAGACACUGCAAGAUGCUGUUUAACAAGCAAGCCAGUCAUGGAGAAGACGGGAGAUGGGUUGGUUCUGUGUGGGCUGCGUGGGAUAGACCGUCACUGGCUGCAGCAUUGGUUGUCACGUCCACAUCCCACCCAACUUUUCAUCUGCACUCGUUUUCUACUCCAAUUAUGUCGACUCCAGGGAACGCCAACGCAGUUCCACGAUUGAGCAACAAGAACCCAUAGCAAUCAUGUGUGUGCAUGUGUAUGUGUGUGUUUGUGGGAAUCGCUCACCUGGAAGAUCUUUGAUAGGUUGAAGGGACCAGCAUUUUGUUUGAAGCGGGUGUGUUCAGGCAGUGGCUCAGUUAAAGUAAAUGUGAUCGGUCUGAAAACAAUGCAGUCGUUCCACCAAUGAAACUCAGGGUUUGCUUUUUGUACAGAAUGUAUUUUGGACGUUUGUUAGUUUGUCGUGUGAGGCCUAAAUGUCUGGAAUCAAGAGGAGUAUUAUUGUUAUUGUUUUUUAUUAUUAUUUCGGAAGGCACAUACAUGUUCAUUCCAGAAUUACACAUGGCGUAAAGCAGAUUAAUCUCAUAUCAUUUUCCAUCUGUUGGAACAGAUGAACACCAAACUCAGCAUUUCAUUUUGUAGACAUUAAAGCUUGUGAUACUGCAACUUUAAAAUCAGUGUUAUUGCACAAAUGUCAGACUUUGCUGCUAUUUGUCUGAAACUAAUAUUGUGUAUUAGGAGCUCUGUUUUUGUUUCUUUUUGUUUUUUUUUUAAACCAAAUUCAGAAUAACUUUCUUUUGGGUUUCUUUCAUUUAUGAACCACAAUCUUAAGUUCAAUGUAAACUUGAGCACAAAUUAAAAAUGAUGCUUUCAAAAGACACAUUAUAGUUCAUUAAUUAUGCAAUUGUUCUUAACUGUUAAUACUGGGUAAUAAUAAAGUCAAUCAUGUGAAGCAAUAAUUCGAAUUAACAGAAACGAAGUAUUCUUCGGACCCCAGGAAUAUUGUUUUAAAGUAUAGAUGCAAGAUCAAAUUAAUUUUCUUGGGCCAAUUAUGAUGAUGGCUAAGUGCACUCUCCCACUGCCCUACACACACACUCGCUUCUGUCAAUUUCGUCCCAGCAUUUAAAGAACAAAACUUCUUUAUGUGAAAUAAAAAAAAUUAAGAAAUUUUCCUAGAGGCACAUAUCAUUAUCGAUUAAUCGUUUAGAUGCGAAUAUCUUUCUGAGGCCGCUUGGUUCGGAUGCUAAUGUUGCUGUGACGGCAUAUCUGAGAAGAAGGGCUGCCUUUUUCUUUUUUUAAUUUUGUUGUUAAAUAGUUAUUGAUCUCCAUGUAAAACCAAAAUGUCUAUUGAGUUCGCGAUGAGAGGUUUUGGACUUGUAGCGAGCCCGGUGGACUGCAUGAGAAGAGACGUGUGUCUGUAACUCUUCAGAAACUGUCAGACUCGUUUUCGGUUUGCCUCAGAAAGGCAAGAAACGAACACCGAUAAUAAUAGUGGUCAAGCUUGGACCAUUGUGGCACGAACCACCGCACUGCAUGUUGGGAAAAGGAGGCAUGAAUGUGUUGAUGUCACAUGUCAGAUCUCGCUUUGUUCUGUGAAAGAAUAUCAGCAGUGUGAGAGUCAUCAUACCCGACAAACAUCUCAUUCCACACCUCGAAAUAACCCCACUCGCGUUCUGCUUUGUGUGUAUGCGCACGUGUCUGUAUGGAAAAUGAAUGCCUGUGAUUUUAUAGUUCAAUUUUAGAAUAUCCCAACUAGAGAUGUUUUGUCCCUGUCAAAUGCUGUUUUUAUUUUAUUUUUUCAUUCUUGUGCAAGGGUUACAUUGUGUUGAUUUUCAUUUCCUGCAAACGACCUCGCUUGUACAUAAGGGCAGAAGAAGACCUUAAGUUUGAUCUUUUUUUAAAUUACAUUAUUAUAAAAAAUCAUGAAAAAAAAUGUUGCUUAAAAAAAGGGGAAUAAAGCAAUUCUAAAGAAAUA